UUUUUUUAAGGUUGACUAAUUCUUUAUUUUUAUGUACUCGAUGAAGCAGCUUUCAUUAGACUUUCUCCCAGCGGAAAACAGCAUGAAGAGCAGCGUCCACCUGCUCUGCUCAGGGCCUGGGUUCGUCCUGGCCCAUGUGGUGAGGUGGAGGGGUGUAUUUCCCCUCUUUAAUUAGCUUAUCCCGCUGUCGUUUGAUUUGACCCAGGCGCUUCAUCGUUUUAUACCGAAGAUAACAUUCCUCGAAAUCUUCAUAUUCUAUUCUGCAUUCUUUUUGAGCCCGGGUAGCACCAAUGCCAUGUGCACACUCUAUCCACUCUUUUUCGAAAGCAUGGCAUCGGGCGGGAAUCUUGAAGGGCUGCUCAACACUUUGGAAUACAAAGUGGCGAUCGAGGCUAAUGCCCAGCUUUUUCUGCACAUCAAAGAAAGGCAUGGCGCACCACAGAAGUGCCCUUGUAGGUUCCCUGGCAGUAGAUCACGACAGCCGGUUUCGGGGAGACACAGACGUCUGCCUCAUCUUUGUUUUUUGAGACAGCGUCUCUGUGUAGCCUGAAUGUCCUGGAACCUGCUAUGUGGACCGUGCUGGCCUCUAACUCACAGAGAUCUGCCUGCCUGUCUCCUGAAUGCUGGGAUUAAAGGCCUGAGCCAUUACAACACCCACUGAAAUCUAUUUAAUGACCCUUUGGAGCUUAAGUAAAAACUAAAGCCCCGGUUCAGGAAAGUGCAAUGACUUCUGGUUAACUGUGGGGUCUGAUGUGUCAUUUGGGAGGCGGUGUCUUCAACAGGGCUGCUGGGCCCACUCUGGGGCGUGGCCAGGGAGUCUUAUCUCCAGGGCCAGCUGAAACUACCCUGGUCUCCCGUACCGCACCUCGAGCUUUGGGCCAUGGAGUCUGUCCUGCUCCCGUCGCUUUUGCUGGUGGCCGCCUAUCCGAGGGGUGUGAGCUCCCACAUGAGCCCUCCCGCGCCUUCCGGGACCUCAACGCCUUUCUUGGUGCGUUUAAGCCCGGAGCUGGAGGCUGUGCCUCCCGGGGGCUCGGUGUGGCUUAACUGCAGCCACAGCUGCCCCCUGCCGGUGCGUUCCAGCCUGCGCACGCAGCUGCGGCAGGGAAAGACACUCAGUGGAUCGGGUUGGGUAUCCUACCAGCUGCUGGAUGUGAGGGCCUGGAAUUCCAAGGUGCGCUGCGUCGUCACUUGCGCUGGAGAAACGCGCGAGGCCACCGCCAGGAUCACCGCUUACAAACGGCCGAGAAGCGUGAUCAUGGAGCCUCCGGUCCUAAUGGGCCACAAGUACACUCUACGCUGCUAUGUGAUACACGUGUUCCCCGUGGGGUACUUGGUGGUGAGCCUGAGAAGAGGUGGCCGGGUGGUUUAUUUUGAAAGUCUGGAGCGCUUCACCGGUUCAGAUCUGGCUAAUGUCACUUUGACCUACGUGAUGCGGGCAGGACCCAACGACCUCUGGCAACCACUCACCUGCCAUGCACGCCUCAAUCUCGAUGGGCUAGUCGUGCGCAGCAGUUCUGCACCAGUUAUGUUGAAGGUCCUCGGUGAGGCACCCUGCAAACUUGGGGAAUUGGUGCGGGGGAGGGGAUGUUGCCACCCCAAGAGGGCCAGCAGAACAGGGGUGGGCUCCAUACACGCUUGGAGGUCCUUAGACCUCCUCGGUCCUGAUUUUCACUCCUGCUCCCAGCUUUGAGUCCAGUCUCCAAAGCCUUGGCUUCUGCCUCCAUCGCAGCCCUGGUGGGGAUCAUCCUGGCUGUGGGGACUGUCUACGUGCGCAAGUACCUGGCCGUUCAGACUCAGUUAUAGACGGGUGUUCGAUGCCUGACAAGAGGGAGGGAAACGAAGCCCAGAACAACUAAUUCACAUACUUUUGUUGGAUCAAUAAAGCCUUCUUCCUCA